AACAAAGAGUGUUUGAUUUUGGUGACAAGGUUAAAAUUCUUGCAUUAUUCAACCUCCCUGACCCCGACCGCCCGUGCCUCGGCCACCUUUAGGAAAGUCAAGAAAAGCUGAAUGCAGUGUUGAUGAUGGUGGUGAGGAUGGUGAGUCUGUUGGUAUAAAUAUUGGGGCAGAGGACUGAGUUUAGCAGCGAGGCAGGCGAAGGGUCUCUGUCUGUCCGAAGGAAAAGAGAUCUACUCCACACGCCGCGUGUGACAACACAAGGAGUCCACCAUGAGGCUGUGUCUGGCUCUGGCCGCACUUUUCCUGGCCCUGGGCACGACGAGUGGCUCCCACUUCCGCGGGGGAACCAUCUCCUGGAUUCAUGGAGACGGCAAUCAGGUGAAGUUCAGCUACAUGCUGGCUUGGCGCCGCUCGUUCAUGACCCCCUGCACGGACGACGACAUCGUGGCUGGGACGUACUUCUCCACGGGCGACCCGUGGCAAUGCACCCAGGGCUGCAGCGAAAGCCGCACCAUGAACAUCGCGUGCAUCGAGCAGAAUACCAACUCGGACUGGAUGGUGGGCAAGGGGAGCUUCAACUUCACAGUCCCAGCCACGCAGCAGAGCAUCAUCAGCUUCGCAAGUUGUUGCUGGGUGCCCGUGACCAUCGCCACUUCUCAGGGCACCUACGACCCUGCAAGCAACCCGGUGUGGUCCAUGAUCACCGUACUCAACCCGGGCACCCGGAGCGACACCGGCAGCCCCAACAUCUCCCCCAUGACCACCUCCAAGCCGCUCAUCAAGCUCAAAGUGGGCUGCACCACGGUGUGGAGCAUCCCUGUGCUGGACUCAGACAAGGAUGUGGUGAAGUGUCGCUACGCCAACAAGGACAGCCUCGACGAGUGCGGGAGCAUCUGUGGAGUCGCGCCCUUCGGAACUCUGGACGGGGACGCGUGCACCGUCACGUUCUCGGUGCCCACCAACGCCUCGGGCCUCUGGGCCCUGGCGCUGAUGAUCGAGGACUUCCCACGCAGCAGCAUCACCAUGGACUCCACCUCGUACUCCCCCAGCAGCCCGCUCUCCAGCAUCCCGCUGCAGGUCAUUUUCGAGAUCGAGACUGGAAGUUCUUGCUCGGGUCCAUUUUUCACGGGAGUGACGCCUCUGAACGGAAAAGCGUUCCAAGCUACGCAGGGCGUCCUAUUUAAGCUGGAGGUCGACAUUUCCCUGCCCAGCGACGCGGCAGCAGGCGUGACGAUCGUGCGCCUGGGAACCAUCGCGCCCAUCGGGGUGCAGAAGGGUGCCGUCAAGGCUGAUGCCGGAGACCCGAAGCUCUUCCACACGGCGCUGAGCUGGACCCCUGGCCGGGCGGACGUGCAGAGCCACCAGAUCUGCUUCUACGCGUCCGACAGCAACGCCCAGGAGACGGAGCUGCGCUGCGUCAAUGUCGUCGUCGAAGGCACCGGCGGACCCAUCGCGUUCUCCUACGACAGCAUCACCACCAACGACUUCCCCAUCGAGUGGACGAUCACCUUCAGCGACGAGAUCGUCCUGCCCACCGUGUCGAGGUACUUCCGCUUCUGGGAGCUGCGCAGCGGCCGUGAGGUGUACCGCGUGGACGGCACCACGGUCACGCUGCUGCCCAACGGCACGGCGGUCCGCUUCACCACGCCGUCGUCCGUGUUCGGCGGCGGCGUCCCGCUCUACGUCACCGUGGACGAGGGCGCCGCCAUGAUGGUCGUCAACGGCUCCGUCGUCACCAAGAGCAACGCGCGCAGCCGCAAGGACUGGGUGUUCACGCUGCGCAAGAAGGUCUACGCCGAGUGCUACGCCGUCGGCGACCCCCACUACAGCUCGUUUGACGGGCGCCUCUUCGACUACAUGGGCACCCGCACCUUCGUGUUGGCGUCCAACUGCCUGGGCUGGCAGCAGCAGCCGACAGCCUGGCGAGUGCUCGCCAGGAACGAGCACCGGGGCCGCGCGGACGUGGCGUGGACGCGCGAGGUGCACACCGAGAUCUACGGCCACACCGUCUCCUUCCUGAAGAGCGGCGCCGUCCGGCUCGACGGGCAAGCCAUCAACCUGCCGUACUACGAGCCCAGGGAGAGGUUCCGCAUCACCAGCUCUGGGGGCUACGCACGCCUCACCACCGACGCCUUCUUCAGUGUCGAAUACGAUGGCCGGGACAGGGUGGUGGUGUCUCUGCUGAACCACGACGUGUACUGGAACGGCACGUGUGGCGUGUGCGGGUUGUGGAACGGUGACCGGAGCGACGACUUCACGAUGCCCGAUCACUCUCAGGCUCCCGACGCGGCCACCUUUGGCAACAGCUGGGAGGUUCCCGAGAAGAAGAAUACGGAGAGUGGGAACAGCGACACGGGAGCCUCGUCUGGCGCUAUCCUGGACGCCGGCAAGGUGGCGAUCGCGUCCGGCCCACAGAACUGCGGGCAGCUUCGUGGCAUGGCCGGCACGCUGGCCCCGUGCUUCACGUCCGUCGACGCCGCGCCGUACUUCGCCGACUGCGUCUUCGACAUGGUGCUGUCUGGCAUGGACGCGGCGGUGUUGUGCCGGUCGCUGGAGGGAUACGCGGCGGCCUGCAACGCGGCCGGCUUCUCGUUCGCCAACCCGUGGAGGAACGGCACCGGCUGCGCGGCGAGCUGUGGUGCUGGCACGCGCUUCAGCUCGUGCGCUGUCGCGUGUCCGGCCACGUGCUACGACCCCGCGGCCCCGGCGGGGUGCGCGGACCCCUGCGUGGAGGGCUGCGAGUGCGCCGACAGCACCCAGCUGUGGGACGGCGAUCGCUGCGUGCCGCCGGGCCAGUGCGGGUGCCGGGACGCGGACGGCCGCUACUACAAGCUAAACGAGGCGUUCUGGCGGCCCGGGUGUGCUGUGCAGUGCACGUGCGCUUCCCCUGGCAGCAUCCAGUGCCAGCCGAGCUCCUGCCCCCUCACCUUCAACUUCUGUGGCACUGAUAACGAGGGGGUGCACGGGUGUCACCGCAAGAGCCUGGAGUGCACCGCUUGGGGCGACCCACACUACAUCACGUUCGACGGCCGCACCUUCGACUUCAUGGGCACCUACACCUACGUCCUCACUCAGCUGUGCUCUGGAGGUGGCUGGAGCGUGCAGGUAAAGAACGAGUUCAUCGCUGGCAGCUGGUCCAUCGCCUACACCCGCGACGUCUUCAUCGAACUCUACCACCACCGCGUGCACUUCGGCCUCGGCUGGAGGGUCUACCUGGACGGAGUAGCGAUCAACGUGCCGUACUACUACUCCAACGGCAGCGCGGAGUUCUCCGUGAUUCGCUCGGGGAACUUCAUGCGCCUGUGGAGCGACUUCAAGCUGGAGGUUCUGUACGACGGGGGCAGCCACGUCGUGGCACGCCUCCCCACGUCCUUCAACAAUGCGCUGUGCGGCCUCUGCUCCAACAUGAACGGGAACCCCGGUGACGACUUCGUGAUGAGGGACGGCACCCGCACCACGUCGGCCUCCGACUUCGGCAACAGUUGGAAGAUAACGGAAGCCGGCUCUCCCGAGACCGGCUCCGACGACGCAGGCGACGGCAAGGCCCCGGACCCGACCGACGUGGCCGCGGCGUUGGGUAACGACAGGUGCGGCAUGCUGAAUGACUCCACGGGCCCCUUCGCCGCCUGCGCCGGCGCCGUCGAUCCACGGCCCUACGUGGAUGGCUGCGUGUUCGAUCUGGCGCUGCAGGCCCCCGCCGGCACCGCCCCGCUGUGCCGCGCCCUCUCCGCAUACCACGCUGCCUGCGUCAAGGCCGGCGUCGCCCUGGGCGGCUGGAGGAACGAGACACUCUGCCCCUCCCCAGUGUGCCCCGGCAGCGGCUCGUACUCGCACUGCGCCUCCCCGUGCCCCGCGACGUGCGCACGGGGUCCGGGCGAGGGUCAGUGCACGGGAGGCUGCGUGGAGGGCUGCGUCUGUGACGCGGGCUACCUGCUGGAGCACGACCGGUGUGUGCGCGCGGACCAGUGUGGCUGCAUCAGCAACGGCAAGUACUACAAGCUGGGAGAUGAGUUCAUCUCGGAUGACUGCAGGAGCCGGUGCGUGUGCGAGGCCGGCGAACUGGAAUGCGACGCCUUCUCCUGCCCUGCCCUCCACACGUGCGGACUCACGGACGACGGCAAGAUCGGCUGCAAUGCCCUGGAGGGUCACUGCCAGGCGUCCGGCGACCCCCACUACGUGACGUUCGACGGGGCCUACUUCGACUUCAUGGGCACGUGCGCGUACACGCUGGCCGCCCCGUCCGCGCGUUACGCCGGCUCGCGGCUCAGCGGCGCGUGGCACGUGCUGGUGGAGAACGAGGCGAUGGGCGCUAGAGCUGACGUGUCGUACACGCGCGCCGUCGAGGUGCGGCUCGGCAACCACACCAGGGUUAGACUCUUGCCUGGGGGCGUCGUCCAGCUGAACGGCGAGACGGUGAGCAUGCCGGCGCUGCUGCCCGGCGCCACGGUAGUGCAGCUGGGGAGCCUGGCGGUGCUGUCGGCGCCGGCGGCCGGCCUCACCGUCAAGUUCGACGGCGUCGCCCACGUGGACGUGGGGCUCAAGGCCGACUUCGCGGGCGCCGUCGAGGGGCUGUGCGGGAACUACGACGGGGACGCCGGCAACGACUUCACGGGGCCCGGCGGCGAGCGUCACCGCACGCCGCACACGUUCGGCAACGCCUGGCAGAGCGAGGCGUCCGCCAGUAAAGCGACCUGUGAGCCAGACUACGGCCACACGGUGAUGCCCGGCGACGCGGAAAAGGCGUCGGCCGAGGUGCUGUGCGACCUCUUGCGCAGCGAGCGGUCGCCCUUCGCCCCGUGCUUCGCAGCGGUGCCGCCCCAGCCGUACUUCGCCAACUGCGCGUUCGACCUGGCCCUCUCGACGGGGACGGCGCUGCGCUGCUCGCACCUGCAGGGAUACUUCGCCACGUGCCUGGCGCGCGGGGUGCUGCUCGCGGAGUGGAGGGCGGCCGCCAACUGCCCGCUGACGUGCCCGGCUCGCAGCGCGUACAGCGCGUGCGCCCCACCCUGCCCGCCCUCGUGCGGGCUGCCCGCGGCCGCGUGCCCGCGGGGCCGCGUCUGCGCCGAGGGCUGCGUGUGCGACGCCGGCUUCUUCCUGCAGGGCGGCACGUGCGUGGCGGCGGCGGACUGCGGUUGCACGCACGACGGCGUCUACAGAGAUGUGGGGCAGUCGUGGUAUAGCCACGACUGCUCGCGUCGCUACAGGUGCCGCUCCCAGGGGGUGGUCGCGGAGGAGGCAGGCGGAUGCCACGGGGGAGAGGCGUGCUUCCUCAAGGAGGGCCGCUUGGGCUGCCACCCAGCGGAGGUGGCGUUGUCGUGCGAGGGAGAGCGCAUGUCGGCGCGCAUCCCGCGCGUGCUGGUGCUCAACUACACGGCGAGCGACACGCGGCUCAAUGACCCCACGCCGCCCGGCUGCUCCCUCGUCGACGACGGAGACUUCAUCACCUUCGACAUCGGAAUAGCCGACUGCGGCGCCGUCUGCCAGGAAGUGGACAAGUCAAUGAUUUUUUCACAAACGGUGAUGCUCAAGGCAAACAACAGAAGCCAAGUGAUCACGCGCAACUUCAAUGACAUCCAGGUUCUCAUCAAAUGUGUGUAUGACAAGCGCAAGGGUCUGGCCGUCAGCUUCACUCCGGACACGAACAGCAUCUUCAUCAAAGAGGAGGGGCUCGGAGAGUUCGUCUUCACCAUCGACAUCUUCACGACGGAUGCGUUCGCGCUCGCCUACAGGAAGAACGACUUCCCGGUGCACUACUACGAGAGCCAGGAGAUUUAUCUGCAACUCGCCGUCAACUCCACCCUGAGCAUCGCCCUCUUUGCCGAGAAUUGCUACGCGACCCCCAGCGGUGACCCCCGCGACCCCAUCCGAUACGACCUCCUGAAGGACGGCUGCCCCAUCGACCCCACGUGGAGGAGCUACAGGAACUUCCUGAAGAAGAAUCAGUUCAGCUUCACGGUGUUCAACUUCAUCGGCAACUUCCACCAGGUGUUUGUCCACUGCGACGUGAUCGUGUGCAAGGUGGGCGAGCCCAACACCCGCUGCAAGCAGGGCUGCCUGCGCACCGGGGGGGGCUCUGCCAGGCGCAGGAGGAGCGCGUUGGAGGACACGGUGCAGUCGGAGGUUCACACCGUCUCACGGGGCCCGCUGGUCUACGGGGAACCGGCGGAGCGAUCGCCUGGAGUGAACUUGACCCAGCUGCUGACCCCGCUGGCCGUGGUGUUUGCGGCUCUCUUCGUGGGCGGAUCCUUGAUUUACCACCGCAGGCAGCAAGGACACAGCGGCGGGUACAGCCGCCUGCCGCUGGAAGUCUCCGGGUGAACGGGGAAAGGAGUGGAGGAGACACGGGGAGAGAGAGGAGACAUGGGCAGAGAGGGAGACGGGAUGGAUGGGAGAUGGUGAACGUUAGUCUAUGUUUCAAGAUCAUUUAAUAUACGUGUCAAUGUAAGUCGAGGGGACGUAACUUUAUUGGUUCAACAUUCAGUACGUGGCCAUGAACAUGUAUCAAUAUGUUAAAUUCAUAAGUUAUAAAAUAAUCCACUUUUAUUCAACGGUUUUACUUAACUUUGUCCUGUGUCGUGGUCAAAUCUUGUAAUCUACAUUUCGUCCACUUCCCGUUGGCCAAUCAAUCCCUAAUUGUGCACACGUACUCAGAUCCGGUGACAAUGCAUGCCUGUAUAAAAAUAGCAUCAAAUAAUCAAUUACUUGGCUCCUUGAAAGCAAUUCACUUUUUGUAUGGACGACUUAUUAAUUAUAUAUAUUUGUGGUGGUCAAAAAGCCACGGUCCCUAAACUCUGGAAUCGCCUCGCCCAAGAAGCAGGCACCAAGCGUUGACGUGGGAGCAGCCGCAGCAUCAUUCACGUACUUCUCGACGGCGAGUUAAACGAAGUUGUGAAAAAAAAGUGAUUAAACUUCAUUCCUCUGUAUGCCGUGGUAAAAUCUUGUAAUAAAAAUGUCGUCCAGUU